GGCCCCGGGGGGGCGGGGCGGGGCAGCCGUACGGCACGGCGGCGACUCUACUUGGGCCUGGCCGCGCUGCGCAUGAGCAUUCGGCGCGGCGCGGCCGGGCUUGCGCUGCGGGGGACGCGCGGCCGCGGGCCGGGCCGCUCCAUGGCCAAGCGGCGCGCCGAGCCGUUGGUGUGUCACGUGCCCUUCAAACGCCGCCUGCCCGAGCCGCCGCCGCGCGCCGCCGCGCCCGAGCGGCGCCCGCGGGCCGAGGCGGCGAGCGCCGCCCCGAAGCGGCAGCUGGAGGAGGCCGAGGCGCCGCCGGGGAAGCGGCCCGGGCUGCGGGGCGGAAGCCCGCGGGCGGAGCAGGGCGAGGCGGCGGGCCGGCGGCGGCGGCGCGGGGGGCCGGCGGCGCCGGAGGAAUCGCAGGCGGCGGCAGGAGGCGCUGGGGACCGCGGCAAGGAGCGGGCCGCCGCCGCCGAGCAGGAAGAAGAAUUUUGUCAGUAUAACUCAUUCCUGUAUUGGAGAGUACCAUUGCCUACUCUUGAUUUGUCUGACAUUCAGGAUCUAGAUGGAGAGACUGUGCCGGAAACUAAAACUCCUUCAAGGACUGAUAUCAUGGAGACUGAAAUGGAGACCUGAUCAGUUAUUUCAUAGCUAUACAUCUACUUGCAGGAAGUAAGCUUUUCUACCUGGGAGAACAAUUAUAGCAUGUUUCUGACUUCUUGAAGAAACAGCAUAUGCGAGUCUGCAAAAGCGAGAUUGAGUUGUCUAAGUUGAUGGAAGAAUCACUCUUAGAUACUUACCAGUAAGCUGGCUGGAGAGGUAAAUUUAUCUAUCCAGUGGUGAGGAUGCUGUGCUUGUCCAACAAGAAUGCUUGAAAACAUGGAGGCAAACUAAAAGAAAACUACCAAAAAUCGUAACUGGAUGCUAUUUUAAGCAGCUUGAUAUGUAACAUAUGGGAAAGAAAUUGAAAGUCAUUUCAUCUGUCCUGAACAAAAAGUUGUAAUUGUGAUAUAUGAAAGUGAAAUCUUUAUCUUGUGGAUCUAUUUUAAAACACACUUUCCCCAAAACUGUUUUUCCUAGUGCAUUUUUUCCCUUUAAUACCUAAACCAAAAAAUAAGAGCCCACGAAAACCAAACUGAACAUUCCCUUUUCUGUGCAAACCAAAAACAGCUGUGGUGGGGAGGGGGAAGGAAAAGAGAUUCUUUUCUUCUGCAAGCUGUUGCUGUUCUAAAAGUUGCUUCACAGUCUCCUAGUGAUCACUUAAAGCAGCGAGCAGCUAGCUUUUGGGGUUUUGGUCCAUUCUUGAGUUAAUGGUAUUCCUAUUCUUUGUGACAUUAGCUCUGAACCAAUUAGUGAUGAAAUGGCAGGCAUGUGCAAAGCUGUCAAGAAAAGAUACUGCAGUGUAAAAUUACCACGUAUGCUUUUUCAAAUUAAACGACUGAGGUCCAGUUUUUGCAGAGACUAAAGGUCUUGCAGGGCUUUUUUUUUUUUUUUACACAAGUUCGAUGAAUUAGUAGAUUUUUGUUGUGAAUUAUGAAGUUAAUGCUUAUCUUUUUUUAUUUAUUUUACAAAUACUUGUCUUCAAUAAUAGACUGAAAUAUAAAGUUGUACUGGCAGACUAUCAGACCUUGCAAAUAUGAUUUGUAUUUAAGUAUAGUGAAUACGUCUGGGAUUUUUGUUGGGAUCAUCUCUGAAUAAGGCAAUUUGUGAAUUUUUAAUAAUGUGUUUGUUAAAGAACAAUAAAGUUUUGCCUUUGUGUA